CCGUUUAACGACGACGACAACAUUUGUGACUGCGGCGGUACACACGGCGUAUUGGCUGGCUAUUCUUUUUCAUAACGCUUUGCCGCAAUGUAUUUCAAACUGAACUCGCAACGCGUUAACAACAUACACAGAAAAUUUAAUUAACGUAACGUUUUGUGUUAUUUUUUUAAAAUACAAAAAUAAAAAAACAACAAUACAACGCUCGAGACGUUCUAAAAGAAGAAGAAAAAAAUUUGGAUAAAAAUAUUCCUCAAAAAAUAAAUUAAUUAAAAUUUGAAAACUGGUGGAAUUAAAUAUUAAAUUAAUUUACAAAAAAAGAAAAUUAAUUUUAAAAAAUUGAUCUCAUUUCCAAAAAAAUACAUAAACAACACAAAUUAUUUUAAGAAAUGCCUUAAAGUUUUUUUUAAGUUUGUACAACAAUUACAAGAAACAAAAAAAUACAAAAGAAUUAAUUAACAAUUUUUUAAUUAAAUUAAAUUUAAAAAAAGGAAUUAAUUUGAAAAUAAUAUUUUUUACAAAAAAAUAAUAAAAAAAAAAAAUAAAAAACAGACCAAGAAUUAAAAUAAAAAUAAGAAAGAGACCACAAAUUUAAGGUGAAAUUGAAGCAAGGAUUAAUAAAUAAAAAAUAAUAAGAAUUAAAAAAAAAAAAUAAAAAUAAUAUUAAACAUUAUUAAAAUAAAGGUGCAAUUGAAACAAAUAAGAAAAAUUAAAAUAAAAGCAAGAAUAUAUUAAAAAAUACUGAAAAUCAUAAUCCAAGUGUUCCAAGAAAAUAAAAGUAAAUUUCAAAUUAAAUAAAUAGAAAUUAAAAAUAAAAAAAUUAUUUCGAAAAAAAUUAAUUAUUUUUAAAAUAAUAAAAAAUAAAUUAAAAAUUAAAUUAAACAUAUUAAUGAGACUAAAUAAAAAUUGAAUAAAAAUAUCAGUGUUCCAAUAGUUGAAAUAAAACAACAACAAAACUUAAAUUAAAAAAAAUAAAUAAUUAAAGAAAAAAUUUAAAUAUUAAAAAAAAAUAAUAAUAAUAAGACCAAACAAUUAAAACCUAUUUCAGUGUUCCAACAACCAACCACAAAAAAUAGCCUGAAAAAAAAUUAAAUAAUUGAAAAAUAAUUUUCAAUAUUUUUGUAUAAAAAUUAGAAAAAAAAAAUUAUACAAAAACUGAAAUAAAUAAAAAAUAUAUCAGUGCUGGAAAAGUGGCUAAUACAAACAUCAAGAAAGAAAUCAAUAACAAAAAUAGUGUUCCAAAAGUUAAAAAAAAAAAACAAGAACAAGGAAUAUUCAUAAAAAAAUAUUACAAAAAAUAAUUAAAAAAAAAUAUUUAAAAAUUAAUAUUUUUUAAAAUUAAAAAAAUACAUUCAGCUGACAUCAAAAAUAUUGAAUUGAAAUAUUUUUCCCAUAAAAAAAUCCACACAACAAUUAAUUAAAAAUCACUGAAAAUUAUAUAAGACUGAUUAUAUUUCUCUCCGCAUGGAUGUGGGUAUAGCUGACAGCCGAUCAUAAAUGGAAUAUAAAUACACUCAAAAGAAAAAUUGUGAAAUUUCAAUAUCAAAUACCCAGAAUAACAACAACAACAAAUAUUCCUGCAAAUAAAAAAUUCUGUAAAUUCAUUUUGCGCAAAAUUGAAAAAACCGCAACAACAAAAUAAAAAUUCCUAGAACUCGUCACACAAAAUAAUAACAGCAACAACAGCCACAACAACAAGAAAAAAUAAUUAAUAAUUAAUUUUAAUUUACAACAACAAAACCUAGGUCAAUAUUGUUUAUAGUGACAUAAGUUGUGACGAUGAGACCGCGCCAAAAGCAGCAACAACAACAGCCACACAACGCGGAAAAAUAAUAGCAAGUCAAACGGAAGGGAAGCCAAAAGAGAAACAAAUAAAAUAAAAUAACAAAAGAAAAACGAAGAAACAAAAAAAUUAUCAACAAAUUCGUAACAAAUGCAAAGAGAAUAGAAAAAAAAAACAUAACAACAACAACCCUCAAGAGAGUGGGAACUAAUCACAACGACAGCUUGGCCUACUGUUCACCUAGAAAAAUCACAGAGGUCCCACCCCCACAUACCCUCAUGCAAAGUGUUGAGUUUUGCAAAGAACGACAAGCAGAAUAAAAAUAAAUAAAUAAAAAAUAAAAAUAAAACAAAUCAAUUAAAAAUCUUAAUCGCGGGACAGAUAGGAGCACAGCAGCAGUGCAGUGAAGCAGUGACAGCGGAAGAAAAAAAAUCUCCUAUAAAGUAUAACAUUGUCUGAGUAGUAGAGACCCCCUAGAUUACCCAUACAUUGGCAAUCACGUGUAGCUUUUUUGUUUUGCUGAGGUGUAGGCAGUGAAAUACCACCCCCACACCCCUUAACCUACCCCCUGCAAAAAGCUGCUCACAUGAGAACUCUGAUGAUGUUUAGAUAUUGACGCAUUCCAUCCUCCCUCCCCAGCUACCAAUAGUUGUUGAUAUCAAGCCAAGAAUUUUGUUUUCAUAGAAUUUCAAUACGAUUCUCAAAGUGGACUGACUACCGUCGUCGUCGUCUCUCUCUAGCUUCCAUUGAUUCUCAAUUCUCUGGCAAUUUGCUGCAAUACGUUAUUUAAUAUAAACAUUGUAUCCGUUAAUUUGUUUUGUUGUUAUCAAGAAAUAGAUAAUUUGUUAUUUUAAUUUGUCGAUGAAUUGAGAGAAAUUGAAUUCGCUUUCAAAAGCCAUUUGGCAGUGGCGAUAAACUAUUAAAAUGCUAGAGACGGGUAUUGUUGAUUCUAAAAAUUUGACAAAUUGAUUUGAAAAUAAUAAUAAGAAAAUCAAAACAACAACAAAGAAACUGAUCAAAAAAAUUCCAAGACUCUGCAAAUUGCCAAAAAAAUAAACAAAAUCCCCAAAAUAACUUCAAAACAUCUCCCUAAGGAAAGGCAUCACAAUUUUGGAUUAUUUCCCUUUGGAAACCCUGUCAACUAUUUCACAAUAUAUGAAUCACAAAACAGCACGAUGGUUUAUUACCAAUCGACGCCACUGAUUAUAAAAUCGGAACAACCUAGUCAGACGCAAUUAUGCGGUCCAUUGUCACAUGCAAUGCCAAUGCAACAUUUAACACAGCAGCAGCAACAUCAGCUCCAACAACAGCAUCACCAACAACAACAACAAUCCAUUAACGCAUAUGGCCUAAAUAAUGUGGCCAUAAACAUGCAACAACAAAUGUCGCAAAAUAAUGGCAAUUCAAGUAUUAACAACAAUCACUCACAAUCACACCAACUUCUGCAACACCACCAGCAGCAACAACAACAAUAUUUAACAAAUAUCAAAUCAGAAUUAUUACCACCGGGUAUUUCACUAUAUUCAACAACAACAACAGCAAACAAUCAUCACCUCCAACAACAACAACAACCUGCUUCCCUUAACAAUUCUACAUCACCUGCAACGCUGCAAAAUGUAAGCAGCAGUACAACAGCCUCGUCACCGGCCGUCACAUCUUCAACGACAGUGGUGGGCCGGAAAACAAAUCCCAAUAAGCCACAAUUCAAAUGUGAACAAUGUGGCAUGACAUUUGGCAGCAAAUCGGCCCAUACCUCCCACACCAAGUCGCAUAUAAAAAAUGGGGAGUUGAGUCUAAUAAAUGGUGGUGCUGCAGUGUCGGGUACAACCACACCGGCCUCCAUGAUCAAUGGCUUUGAGCUGAAUGAAACCGGCCUACCCAAAACACCACCCAUCAAACCCAAUGCCAAUGCUGCCUCAAAUGGUGGCGAUCCCUAUCAAUGUAAUGUCUGCCAGAAGACAUUUGCUGUACCCGCAAGACUGAUUCGUCAUUAUCGCACACAUACUGGCGAAAGACCCUUCGAAUGUGAAUUUUGUCACAAACUUUUCAGCGUCAAGGAAAACCUCCAGGUCCAUCGGCGCAUACAUACCAAAGAGCGACCCUACAAGUGUGAUGUCUGUGGUCGGGCAUUCGAACAUUCGGGAAAACUGCAUCGUCACAUGCGUAUCCAUACGGGCGAGAGGCCCCACAAAUGUUCGGUGUGUGAAAAGACCUUCAUCCAGUCGGGUCAAUUAGUCAUACACAUGCGCACGCAUACCGGUGAAAAACCCUAUAAAUGUCCCGUGGAAGGUUGUGGCAAAGGCUUCACCUGCUCCAAACAGCUAAAGGUCCACUCGCGUACCCAUACCGGAGAAAAGCCCUACCACUGCGACAUCUGCUUCCGUGACUUUGGUUACAAUCAUGUACUCAAGUUACACAAGGUCCAGCAUUAUGGUUCCAAGUGCUAUAAAUGCACGAUAUGUGACGAGACUUUCAAGAGUAAAAAAGAAAUGGAGGCUCACAUUAAGGGUCAUGCCAAUGAAAUGGCCGAUGAGGACGAAGAGGGAGCGGCAGCAAAUGGAAAUCCUGCAGAGUCUGGUAGUGUUUUAGCCAACACUUCACCCUCCUCUUCGGUGUCCACAACAUCGGGAGUUGAAACCUUAUCCGGACCAAGCUCACCGCAAUCACCCAGCUCCAGCAUAGGUACCAGUACCUCAUCGAGCCUUACAAAGUCGAGAAAACCACGACAAGAAAAAUCACGUUCCAUCAGUACUUCGGGACCCUUGAGUCCAGCAUCGCCGGGAUCACCAUCAUCCUCAAUGUCACCCUCAUCAACAUAUACUUCAAGGUUAUCAGCCGGUUCGCCAACAUCCUCCGUGGCCUCUCCCACCCUGUCGCUAAGCAUGGAAACUGAUCAUCACAGCAGGGAUAGUGGGGUGGCCAGCGGUUCCAUACCCACAUCACAGUGUACAAGACAAUUGGCCGCAGCCACAUUAGUGGAUAUGAGUCAUCAAGGAGCCAACUUUGCCAUGGCCGAUGAAAUGCCCACAGAUCUAAGUGUUGGCCAGCAGCAGCAGCAGCAGCAGCACUCUCAGCCCACGACCCAACACAUGGAACAAAAUAUGGGCUAUCAUUACCAAAGUUCUUCUUCGCCACCUCCACAUCAACAGCAGCAACAACAAUAUCAUCAUUAUAUGAGCCCCAACUCUCCAGAUCCUCACCAACAUCAUCAUCAGCAGCAGCAGUCACCAGCCCUCUAUGAACAACAACAGCAACACCAUCAAUCGCAGCAGCACCACCAGCAACCCACUAUUAAUCCUGCCCUCCUAGAAGCUGCUACACUUGUUAGUCGCAAUGAAGAUGAUGUCCAGGCGGCCAUACAAAUAAUGCAGUUACGUCGUCCCCAACAAAAAUCGAAUAAUCAUCAUCACAACAUGUUGUACCCUGAGCUACAGGCGGCACAUCAUCACCAACAACCCCAUUUACCGCCCAGCAUACAUCAAAGUCUGAUAGCCCCGCUAAUAGAACAUUACAGCGAUGCUAAUCAGGACGCUACAGAUCUCAUUGAGCACUACAAGCGUAACGAAUUGUCGAGGCAGGGUUUGGCCAAGGGCUAUGCUCCAGUACCCAAAUUUGAAUCUUCUCUACGCAAUAAUGACAUUCUCCUGAGGCAAGUGGAAGCCGCCAUUGCCCCCUUGCAUACCUCGGUCGACUCGCCCGAACGUUCAUCAUCACCCGAAAGUGAUAUGUUAAUGGCCGAACGGGAUUUGCCAUUGAGAAAACGUAAACUCUAUAUGAAUGACUGUGCCGGCGAUGCUAGUGAUCUGGAAGCGGCGGCAGGCAGUGCAAAAGAAAUGGAUCAAAAAGUUAUGCGCCACAGUUCGGUAAUACAAUUUGCCAAAGCUUCAUAGGACGAAUGGCUUCGAAUGAAGCGAAGGCGUCUACAGAGCAAUCAAUGAAAUAGGCUCUAAAAGAAACGGGAACAAAGAGAGUCUGAUUUUUUCCUUUUGUUUAGCUGUGCGCAUAUGAAUUGUGACAAUUAAGGUACGACAAUGAGUAUAGAGAGGUUACACCCAUAUGGAGCUCCUUAAAACAAUUUUUUAUUAAAAAAAAAGAAAAAAAAACCAUAACUAGAGAAGACUGCUGCAUAAAUGAUAGAAAACAAAAACAAAACUUAACAAUUUUCAUAAAAUUUUAAGAAGAUAAAUCCAAAAAAAAAAACAAAAAUAUAAAUUAUGAAGGUAUAAGAGAAAAAAGGCAAGAAAAUCCCUCAUUAUACAGAAAAGGUAGAAAAAAUAUAUUAUUUUUUUAUAUUUUAUGUGUACAAUUAAAAAGUAAAAAUACUACUAAACAACUUGAAAGCAAAGUGAAGAGAAAGGGAAUUUUAAAUGAGAGAGAAAACAAAUCCAUCUGACGUUCUUGUAGCUUGGCAAAUUUUGAUAAGUGUAAUCAUUUUGGGCUUCGACUGUAGGUUGUUUAUGGCUUAUGCUCUCCCAAAUAUUUGCUUGAAAGCCUAAAAAAGGGAAGGAAUUGAGAGUUUCGACUUAAAAGUUUUACCGCUGAAACUUUUUAAAAUUCAGUUGCAAAAAAUUGCUCAUUAAAAGUUCAAGUCCGAUCAGCUGAUUUGUAUUCCAGCUGUCUUGCGAUGUAAAACGUAAAAAAAUGUAAUUUAACUACUUUUGGCUUCAUAAAUCAAGUUCUUAUAUCCGCGUCUGAACUGAAUUAAAUCCAGCUUUGGUAUAGGGAUGUUUAGAUCGACUAUUAACGAAUCGAUUUUGGUAACUGUCUUUGAUGUAGGGACAUAAAGCUACGAUAUAGACGUAUCCUUCAAUCUCGUUAUGCUGCUUUUUUCUCCGCAAAUAUAAAAUUUGCAUUCGUUUUUCUCUUCACUUUGACUUUCGACUAUAAAAUUGCAACAUUAAAAUAACACAUUUUAUUUUGUAGUUAUUAUUUUUAGAUCAUUAAUUUUCUAUUUUUAUUGUUUUACGCAUCAACGCACUAUGUAAUAUAUUAUUAUUUUUAAAUUUAAAAAUAAUUUAAUUUUUUGUUUUAAUUUUUAAAAUAAUUUAUGUUACGUUCUGAACCUAUGUUUUUUGGAAAAACUUUAAAGAUAUAAUCAAAAAUUUAUGUUUUAUAAAAUAAAAAAAAAUGAAUUAUUUUGUUAAGUUGUAAACAUUUAGUUUAUUUUAUUAUAAUUUCGAAAAAGAAUUAUAUCACUUUCAUUGCUGUGUCAUGUUAUGGAACAUUAACAUAUAACUUAAAGAAAUCAUUAUUAUUAAAAUAUUAUUUACAAAACAAAUUUAAUUAGUAAUUUAUUUUGCUAUGCCAAAAGUAUUAUUUUCUUAAAAAAAAUUAUAUAGAUUUGUUUUUAUUUUUGAAAAAAAAUUUGGUUAAGUUUGAAAACACAAAAUUGUAGUAAGAAAUAAUAACAACACAAAAAUUCUAUAUAAUUUGGUAGGAUUUGUUAGGUUAAUUUUUUUUAUAACACAAAGGGCAAAGGAAACAAACCAAUAAUUAAAAUUCACAGGCAGUUCUGAACCAAAGGGCUUUUAUACUUUGAUUCCGAACUGAUAUUUUUAAUUAUUUGAUUUCCCCAUACUUGUGUUAUAAACAAAACAAAUUACAAACAUUUCAUUUAAGUGCAUUAUGUAGUAAUUAUGUUUAUAAAAGAAAUUAUAUAACAAUACUGUUUAAUAAUAAUUAUUAUUUUUAGAUUUGUAUUUUUAGUCUUCUUGUGUUUCAUUUUUUUUCUUUUCAAUUUUUUUGUAUUAAAAAGCCAUCACUACUUUACUAAUAUUAAAAAAAUAAACAAAUAAUUAUAAUUAAUUCUUUACUAAAACAAAAAAUAGAACACAAGAACAUUAACCACAUACUAGUUAGUUAACCCCCUUCCCUUUAGUUUAAAUCGGUAAUUAUAAUUAUAUAUAAAAAUAAAACACAAAGAAAACAAUCCCCCAAUAUAAAAAAUAUAAUAUUUAUAUUCAAAUGAUUUGAAAAAAAAAUUACAAACUUUUGUUUUAUUUACUUUUUGGUUUGUAGUUUCUUUUGUUGUGGUCGACUUUUUGUUUGUUUGAUGACUUUUAGGUUUAAACGUGGUAGAAUUAAGAAGGUAAAGUCGUGAAAUCGUAUGUUUACUGCUAGCAAGCCCAUCUGACAACUAAGUUUUCUGUCAAAGGACAUAAUUGUUAUUUGAAAUCAAAGUGAUUCAAAUCCCGAUAGGGCAAAAACUACUAAGUUUAUUGUCAAAUUGUUGCCAAAAGCAGUCAGUCUCCUGUCAGGGAUCCUGUUUUCUGUGCAGUGAAUUUUGGCAAAGUAAAUAACAGAAAAUACAGAGAUGGGUAUGCUUAUUUGAAAUUACUUUAUCUUUUUUAAUUUUGCCCAUGGUAAAAUUAAGAAGGUAAAGUCAUUUCAAAUAAGACUAUCCAUCUCUGCAUUUAUGUAACUUACCUUGUCAAAUUUCACUGAAUAAUAAAGAACAGGUUCCCACCCCGCGUUUCUGUAUAUGCAAUGGAUUUAUACAUUUGGCAAUGAUAUGUUGUCAAAUACAUAAUUGUGAAAAAAUUGUAAACAUAUGAUUACAUGACUUUACCUUCUUAAUUCUACCAUGAUUUUAACAAAAUUCAAUGCGUCUUAAAUAAAAUAGAAAUCCUCUUUUUCUCUUCGCCUAUGGAACAAAGGAGUGUGGGCCCAAAAUCGAACUAAGUCAACCUAAACCUCCUUUGUUCCCCUACAAAGAAGCCAGCCGGUGACUUAAGCCAGUAUCCCCUUAAUGGUGCGAAUACAUAAGAAGCUUGAAGUCAUGGCUAUGCCAUGGCAGAAGAAUACAGGUAGAUGCAUCAACGCUUGAGAGUAUUAAUAAGUCAAAAAAAAUUGAAAUGUUUUUUCAAAUAUAAGUAGAUUUUUAUAUGUUUUCUUAUACUACGUCAUUCGCAGGCUAUUAUAAUUCGCGUUUUCAACAAUUUUUACAAAUUUAAAUAAUUUUUCAUUCAACAUUUUCAAUUCCAAAUUGGUUUGACAGUUCAUUGUCCCAGCAGCUGUGUCGACGCGUCUAUAUAUAUUCUUCUACCAUGGGCUAGGCACAAUUUGUGACUUUUCAGAGCCGCACUAAAAUCCUGCCGUCGUUUUCCAUUAUAAUUUGACAUUAGCCAUGACCUCUAGCAUUUUAUGCACUUGCACCUUAAAGGUGGGGAUGGCAAUGAUGGAAAUGAACAAAGGAGCCUAGGGCCCAAAUCGAUCUAAGUCAACCUUAAACUCCUUUUUUCAUCUACGAAGAAGCCAGCCGAAGACUUAAGCCAGCCAAAUAUGCGCUUUAUGUAUUUCCACCGUAAGGAUGUUUAAAGUUUCGUUACAUGACAAGGGACACGUUUACAUUGAACACCUUUGUGAUAAUUAAAUAAACUCGAUAAAUUCGACACAACAUUAUCACGAUUUGUCAAUUGUCACAGUAAAAGGUUUCAACGUAAACCCUAGGAAUGUCCCUAGGAAUGAAACGAUACUAUAAGCAUGUUUACAUAUGAACAACAGAAAAACGAAUGAUUAAAAAGUUGACAAAUUUUUGAGAACAGCUGUUUGGAACGCCUUUUAAUAGUAUCGUGGAAGUUCAAACUUCAAGAGAAACCCCUGAUGUUUAAUUUCUUUAAUAUCUAUUUUCAAUACAAUUUUAAUUAUGCGCUUUCUUUCGUAAUGUUAUUAUUCCUUUUAUUUAAUAUUUAUAAUCAUUUAAUUUUUGUAUUUACGUUUUUCACAAUUUUUCCUAGUUUUCUUUAAUGAAAUAAAAAAACCUCAAAAUUGCAAUAUAAAUUUUAAAUUCCCCAAAAUAAUAAUAAAUCAUAAAACCUCAAACUACUUGCAAUAAUAAUUCAAAAUUCAUCCAAACAGAAAAGCCAUAUUGGUUUAUAAACAAAAAAUAUUUGCUAGAAUAAACAAUAACAAAUUGCUCUCAAUUACCGAAGAAACAAAACAAUAUUUUUUGCAUAUAAUCAAAGUUAAAACUAUAGUAAGAAUAAUUAUUUAAGCUAAACUAACAAAUAACAAUGUCUUAGAACAAUUUAAAAAUAAUAAUAAUAAUAAAUAUGAAGGACUAAUAUUUAAAUUAUAAAGUAAACAUAUAUUUUAUAAAGAGAAAAAAUAACGGAAAUGUAAUAAGAAACAAAUUAUAAUCAUUUUCUAAUGUCAGGUUUACAUGGAAGGCAUUUACGGUGAAUUUUCAUGGUGAAUGGCUUCAAUGUAAACAUAGCAUAAGGCAAAUGAGUGAAAACGCAAAAGUAUUUUCUCAGACUACAUUAUAACAUGUUUACACUUCACACGAUAAUUUGAAUUUAGAUAGUGGAACUGACAAUUUAAAUUUCUACUAUUAUCUAAAUCUAGUACACUCUAAACCUAUUAUUAGCCUAUCGGAAAUGACAUAAGAAUAGCUGGUUUGGAUUUUUUUAAGACUAACUUACACAGUUUUCUGAUAAUACAUCAUUUAUUAUAAAAAAAGUUCAAUACAAAUAAUGCCGUUUUACGGUAGAUUUUUAGGUUUCACUUACUUGAUUUACUUGAAAUAUAAGUAAUGGAUAUGACAAUUUUAAUCCAAAUCCAGUGUGUUAAACCAUUUAUAUAUAAACGUACUGUAAAGGUGAGAAUACAUAAAACGCUUAUUUGAUUGGAUUGGUGAUGAUACCAUAAGCAGCCGGGCAUCUUAGCAUGGCUUUUUUGUUGACAUUACCAUAAACGUAUGUCAAAAUUGCACCCGAAACCUGGCGUCGCUUUUCCUGAUAAUUUGACAAUAAUAAAAAAGUGGCAUUACCUUUAUGUUUCUAUGAAUUACAAAUGACGCCGUAUGAACGCGUUAAUUCGAGUAUGCAGUUUUGAGAGAGAUACCUUCGAUUUAAUUUCUAAUGAGAACGUGGUAUUAAUUGUGUUGUCUUUUGUAAAUGCAGAAUUCGUGAAGAUCAGCUGGUUUUACCAGGUGACAUUUCACGCAUGGUAUAUGUCAUGGUAGAAGAAUAUAGAUAGACGCGUCGACAUAGCUGCUGGGACAGUGAACUGUCAAAUUUCCAAAACCGGUUUGACAGUUCAUUGUUCCAGCAGCUGUGUCGAUGCGACUACCCAUGGUAGAAGAAUAUAGGUAGAUGCAACAACGCUUGGGAACAUUAAUAUGUCAAAAAUUUUAAAGUUUUUUGUCAAAAAUAAGAAGAUAUUUAUAUGUUUUCUUAUACGACGCAAAUCGGAGGUUGUAAAGAUAUGUAUUUUUCAACAAUUUAAACGUGCAUUGGAUUUAGUUUGUCAUUUCCAUUGUAAAUCACCCAAAUGAAUGCACUUCCAGCAGAAACCCCAUGUAAACAUGAUAUUAAGGAACAUAUUAGAAAAUAUUUUUUUUUGCGUUUUCAUUUCAGCAAACAUUUCCUUUUUAUAAUUACAUCUAAAAAAACUAACCAACAAAAUAUAGUUUUAAUAAAUUUAAAUUUUAUACCAAACCUAGUUUAAUCUAAUUAUUUGUCACAAUCAUCAAUAACAUCCGGCAACAUAAAUUCCAUUGUCAAUAUUAAAAAUUGUAUUAAAUAAUUGCAAGGAUUUCCCAUUCACCAAUCACAUUCAAAAUUGUCACUUUCAUUUUAUAAAGAAUAAAAAUUCAAAAAAACAUAUUGUAAUUUAUAACCUAUAACCUAUUCACUACCAUAAAAUCAUCUUUCAUAUAUAUAUACAACACAUAAAAAUAAUUAUGCCUAUAAAAAUACUAAAAAUAACAAAACAUACAUUCAUAUAUAAAUAUAUUCAAACUAUGGAACUGAUAACAUAAAUGUUAAGAUUGAAAUCAAUUUUUUAUACCAAAAUAAUAAUAAUAUAAAUAUGCCAAAAAAAACAAGUUUGUAAUAAAAUUAAAGUACCCCAUAAAUAGACUACUAUUUGAAAAUAUAACAAGAAAAAACCCAAUGGCCAAUAAGAGUGACAUUUUCUAUAUGAAUAUACAUAUGUGGCUUCAUUCUCCGGAAUUCUAACAAAAAAUGUUUGUGAAAAUUAAUAUUACGUGAUUUACAAAUACUCGUACUUUAUUUGAAAUAAAUUCAAGGGAAUUGUCAAUUUAUAUAACGCGUUCGGUGUAAAUACGGCUUAACACAUAUGAUCCCUAAUGCCACGUUUUCACUGGGAAAUUGAUUUAUCAUUUUAUUGCAUUGUAGAAGAUAAAGGUAGAUGCAUCAACGCUUGGGAACAUUGAUAUUUCCCAAAAAUAAGUAGAUUUUUACAUGUCUUCUGCUACGAAGCUAAUCGGAAGUUAUUAUGAUAUGCAUUUUUUAAAAGAUUUUACAAAGUUCAAUAAUUUUUAUUGAUAAUUUUCAAUUCCAAAAUCGGUUUGACAAUCCAUUAUCCCAGCAGAUGUGUCGAUGCGACUGCCUGUAUUCUUCUACCAUGAUUUUUAUACAUUUUACGUCAAGAUAAUAAUGAUGGAGUACAUUAUUUAUGACUACAUUUUAACCUUUCAUAACGGUAAAGUGACGUAUGUUGAUUAAUUCUCAAAGUAGGUAUAUUGGCACCUGUGAACAUUGAUAUGUCAAAAAAUGGAAAAAUUACUUCAAAAAUAAAUUUAUUUUUUUUUAUAUUUUCUAAUUCGUUGAGGCUUAGAGAAUGCUUUUGUGUGGUGUUUCCACAAAUGUUAUUAAUAAAAAAGAUUUUUUUUUUCAAAAUUUUGAAUUCCGAAAUAAAAUUUUGACGGUUCAUUGUACCAGCUGCUGUGCUGAUGCGACUACCGGUAUUAUUUUGCCAUCCUAAUGUAUAAAAUGUAAAAAACAUAUGUGAAAUAGAUGAAAAACUAUUGUGACAUUUGACACAUGUCACUUCCCAAUGGCCAACUACCAACAAAUACUCAAUUAAUGUACAUAAUAAAAUGUAUUUAAAUAAAAAAAAAUCUCUCCCUCCCCGUAGACCUUUCACGACAAGGAAAACAAUAAAUUAUUAACUGAAAACCCCCCAAACUAAAAAAUACAACUCCAACAACAAUGUGUAAGAUCAUAAUUUUUUUAUAAUAAAACCAAAUUAGUUUAUAAUCAAUAACACAAGCAAAUAAUUUAUAUAACAAUAAUAAAAAUAUAUACAUAAAUAUAUUGAAAUCUGACAAAUAA